UUGUUGGACACCGUGUUUGAAGAGACAACUUCCAUCAGCCUCGCAGCAUGUCCCAUGCGAACGUGAAUGUUUCGGAGCUCUUUGCUGAAUAUGAAGCUGAUUUCCACCGUUUGCUGGCGGAAGCCGACGAGUUCUUGGCCGCCUCCUGCGCAUCCGCAGCGGCGUUGGGAAAGGCGGACCGGCGCUUGACGGAGGCGGACCAGGCGCGAAGCAGGCUGUGAAGCAAAUGGACCUGGAAGUGCGUGCCUUACCUCCAGAGGCACGGCAAAAGCUCCAGGAGAAGAUCAAGGGCUUCAAAGCCUCGGUCAGCGAGCGUCGGAAACAGAAGGAGGCCCGGAAUCGUGAGGUCCUGCUGGGCGACGCAUCGGCGUCGGUGCUGGGAAAAUCUGCGGAUGAGCACGGCAGGGCCGAGGACAUGAACCAGUCCAUGAUGGACGCCUCGCGAAAGCUGCAAGAGGCCAAGCGAACAGUCCUGGAUUCAGAGCAGAUUGGGCUGGACGUCAUGGGAGACCUACGGCUCCAGCGUGAAACCAUCGAACGCAGCCGCGACAAUAUGGGCAAGGUGGGACAAAACUACAGCAUGGCAGGAAAGACGCUGGAAGGAAUGUUGGCAAGGGCAGACCAGAAUAGGAGGAUGGCGCCUUGCCAUCAGAGUCAUAUGUUGCUUUCCACCACAGGCGUUAUCAAACUCAUGUUUUUUUCAAGUCGUUCGAUAUGGAACCCUUGAGAUUUUUGCUGUGGAGUGAUUAGCCCGAAUGACAUACUGAUGCCGGUGGUUGAUCUUGGGCAGUUCAGGGAGCCGAUUUGAAAUGCUUUGGAUAUAGCCCCGAGUUCAAGUUGAGCUCAAUGAUUGAGAAUUGGGGGGCCUGACCCCAUGGUAUUUGACAGUGUCUUAGUUGAUUGAAUCAUUGAAUGGGGAUGUCAACAUCUUUGGCUUUUACUUUCGCCAAAAAAUCAUCCAGCCCCUUGACCGCGUUCAACUGCCCCAAGCCAGAGGUGAGUUUCAUUGCUGCGUGAACCCCAGCAACCAGCCAAGAUGAACAUCAAGGUUUCCUAGGGGGUAGCCCCAAAUCAUCCAUUUUAAAUCAUUUGAAUAUGAUUUUCCAUGAAAUAAACUUAAAUAAACAUAAAUAAACGAUUCAGCUAUUGGGGUACACCCUGACUAUGGGGUUCCCCCCAUCUGUCAAGGUUUGUCUCAUUGCCGUGUUAAUGCUCUUCAUGAUGUCCGUGGCCUUCUAUUUCAUCGCUGGCGGAUGAAGCCGCCCAGCGAACGUCGGUGGCGUCUCAAAAUGGCACGGGAUGGCACGGG